UAUACAUACAAUCAUAUAGUACCCUCUUUCUCUCUCUGCAUUUCCUCUCUCUGCUUCUUGAGAAAUAUUAAAGGUCAACAACUAGCAGAAGACAACACUAGAUAUAUGAAUCUUGCUCUUCAAUCCCUCCAUGCCAUGGUUUUCUUGGGGAAAUCCUCUUAGCUAGGGUCAAAGAACAAACCCCUUCAUUCAUGUAUAUGAAUUAUUUCUAGCUCUCUUUCCCAAAUGAAAGAAAAUUAUAUAUCUUGUUAACCCUAGCUUAUUGCUCUCUCUCUCUCUCUCUCUCUCUAUCUACAUAUAUUCAAAACCCACAUUUUUUUUGAUAUAUAUAUACAUAUAUCAGUAGUUCUUGUUCUUGUUCGUCGUCAUCUUCUUCCUCUGGUAGCCGUACGUGGAGCAGAGAUCAGCAAGCCCAGCAGCAGAAGAGAGCAUUUAUUUAUAUAUAUAUGAAAGUGUUUAAUCCUUGUGUAAAAGUUAGCUGUAGUUGUUGGGGUUAAUACUUCAAUCUUCUUUUUUCAGACCCUUUGCUGUAGAUCUGUCAGAUUUUGAGCUGAGUUUGACAAGUUUAAUCCUCGCAAGAAUCAUGAAUUUCAUGUCAGGUAGACCAGGGUUUUAUGAAGAAAUAACAGGCUCUAGAGGCGUCUCUUCCAGCUCCUCUUCCUCCUCCUCUUUUCACUACCAUAGGGCUCCUCUUCCUCCUCACACCUACCACCACCAAGAAUCCUACGGCGGUGCUGCUCCUCCGCCGCCGGCCUCCUCCCCCACCAAUAAUUGUGGAGGUGGUGAUGAGCCCACCGACGAUUCCGACGAUCACAUGCUGUUCAGGCGAGGAGGGGAUGGGGGCAGCGGCAGCUGCAGCAGCAACGCUGUGGUAAUCCAGAGGGAGCACAUGUUUGACAAGGUUGUGACGCCGAGCGAUGUGGGAAAGCUGAAUCGGCUGGUUAUCCCCAAGCAGCACGCCGAGAAGUACUUCCCUUUAGAUUCGUCGACGAACGAGAAGGGACUUCUGUUGAAUUUUGAGGAUAGGAAUGGGAAACCAUGGCGAUUCAGGUACUCAUACUGGAACAGCAGCCAGAGCUAUGUGAUGACUAAAGGGUGGAGCCGAUUCGUCAAGGAGAAGAAGCUCGAUGCCGGAGAUAUCGUUUCGUUCCAGCGAGGGGUAGGCGAUUUGGGUAAAGAUCGACUUUUCAUAGACUGGCGGCGCCGCCCUGAUGCGCCGGAGCUUCCGCCUUCCCUUCCCACACUGUCGAUGCCCCACCAGUUCUCCUUCCACAGGUCCAUUCACCCCUGGAAUCCCCUCUUUAUGCAGCCACCGUCGAGGGACUAUUCACACUUCCUAACAACACAUCAUCAUCAUCAAUCUCAUUACCAUCAUCCUCCAACAGGCUACGGUCCUUACUCCUACAACAACGUUGUGAAUGGAAACCCUUGUCCGCCAGGCUCAAUUGUGUACUUGAGAUCAGCUCCAGGAUUCGCCGGAGGCGGCGGCGGAGGAGUUUUGGGCGGCCCACAAGAGUUAGGAAUAGCGGGAUUAGCGCAAAGGAGCAGCGGACUAGAGCAAAUGGUAUUCGAGUCGGUGCCGGUGGUCCAAGGGAAGGCUGCAGCAAAGCGACUUAGGCUGUUCGGGGUGAACAUGGACUGUCCCAUUUCUGAGUCAGAUGAAUGUGAUAUACUGUCCUCCACCACCCUACCCCAUCCCACCUUACCUCCUCCCCAUUUUGAUUAUAAUUCUUCUUCAUCUUCAUCAAUUCCGUCUCUCCAGUUAAGGCCUAAUUACAGUGACAAUGAUGAUAAAGGCAAGGGUUCCAUGUCUCUGGACUUGGACAUCUGAAUUCUGAUGAUCAGCAAUUUCAAGAACCCCCAAAAUUUCACAACCGAGGUAAUAAUCCAUCAACCAACCGUGGCCAUCAUCAUAUACAGCUCGGUCCAGAAUCCUGAGAUCGAUUUUCACUAUGUCUUGAUCACUUCACAAUUCAGUUCUUCAGCUAUGGUAGACGACAGAAACAUUUGUCGGUAGUUGCCAAAGCACAGUUGUUUUUGGGAUUUCCAGUACUCUGUGUAUAAUGGAUGACAGAAUACUACAUAAAUAGACGAUAAACAGAUUUGUCGACAUUUCACCUCCCAUUAUUUUAUGCUUAAUUUUUCCAUGUCC